AUCACCUUCCUUCCUUCAUCUUCACGUCUUAUUCUGGCACGGCCAGUACCGUCUUUCCCCUCGAUUAGAUAUCUCUCGAGAUGUCUAGCGAAUACCCCAGCCUGUUCCGCUCGGAGCAGAUGAGCCUAGUGCAGUUGUUCGUGCCGACUGAGGUCGCGCAUGACGCUGUAGCCGAGCUCGGUGAACUUGGAGAUGUUCAGUUCAAAGACCUCAACCCCACCAUCAACCCAUUUCAACGCUCCUUCGUCGGUGAAAUCCGCCGCAUUGACGAAAUGGCGCGCCGUGUUCGGUUCUUCUCCACGCAAAUUGAGAAGGAGAAGGACGUCGUGCCCAUUCGCCCCCUCUACGACUCGGCGCCAUUGAUCACUGUCGGCCCUCGGGCGGCCCAGACCAUCGACGAGCUCGAUGUUGCCCUGGCCGAGCACGAGUCACGCUUGAUCCGGAUGAACGAGAGCUAUCAGACGCUGAGUGAGCGUACCAAGGAGCUUGUCGAGGCCCGGCAUGUAUUGAGGGAGACUGCGGUGUUCUUUGACAAGGCUCACACCCAACAUACCGAAAUUCGCAGCUCGUUCGAUGAGAGCUCCGCACCGCUGCUGCAGCAUGAUGACCGAGAGGCUCAGUACUCGAACAACGGAGUUCAGUUCGACCUCGAGUUCAUCGCUGGCACCAUUGACCGCGCUCGAAUUCCUACUUUCGAGCGUGUUCUCUGGCGUGUACUGCGUGGCAACUUGUACAUGAACUACACGGAUAUCGUCGAGCCCUUCGUCGAUCCUUUCACAGGCGCCGAGACGCGCAAGAACGUGUUCAUCAUCUUCGCUCACGGAGACACACUUCUUGCCAAGAUCCGCAAGGUCUCGGAGUCCAUGGGCGCCACCCUCUAUCCCAUCGAUGCCAACUCCGGCAAACGUGAUGAGUCGCUCAAGGAGGUUACAGUCCGUCUCGAGGAUAUCCAGACGGUGCUGUACAACACUGGCUCCAACAGACGCAGCGAACUGGUCAAGAUCGGGGAGAGCCUGCGCAGCUGGCAGGACGUUGUGCGGAAGGAGAAGCUCAUCUACGAGACACUGAACCUUUUCAAUUACGAUGUGCGGCGCAAGACGCUCAUCGCGGAAGGAUGGGUGCCUACUCGUGAUAUUCCGGAGAUCCAGGCCGGCCUUCGUAAAGCGACGGACAACUCUGGAACCAGCGUGCCCCCGAUCUUGCAUGAGUUGCACACGAGCAAGACACCGCCCACAUUCAACCGUACCAACAAAUUCACAGAAGGAUUCCAAACGAUCAUGGACAGCUAUGGUAUCGCCACUUACCAGGAAGUCAACCCCGGUCUGUUUGCUGUGGUCACUUUCCCUUUCCUCUUUGCCGUCAUGUUCGGUGACAUUGGACACGGUUUCAUUCUCUUCUGUGCGGCGCUCUAUAUGAUCAUGGUCGAGAAGAAGUGGGCCAAGGCCGAUUUGGGCGAGAUCGUGGGACAGUUCUUCUUUGGUCGCUACAUUAUCCUUCUGAUGGGCAUCUUCUCGAUGUACACCGGUUUGAUGUACAACGACAUCUUCUCCAAGUCGUUGCACAUCUGGCACUCUGGAUGGGUGUUCCCGCCCAUGGGUAACAACACCCAAAUCACCGCUACUGCUACCGGCCAUACGUACCCAUUCGGUCUUGAUCCAGGCUGGCACGGUGCCGACAACGGCCUCGUUUUCACGAACUCAUACAAGAUGAAGAUGUCCGUUGUCUUGGGUGUCAUCCACAUGACAUUCGCCCUCUGCUUGCAAGUGCCAAACCACCUUCGGUUCAAGCGUCCGAUCGACAUCUAUGCGAACUUCAUCCCUCAGAUGAUCUUCUUGCAGUCAAUCUUCGGCUACCUGGUUAUCUGCAUCCUGUACAAAUGGAGCAUCGACUGGACGAAGAUGUCGACACAACCGCCGUUGUUGCUGACUAUGUUGAUCGGCAUGUUCUUGAAGCCUGGAACGGUCGAGGCCGAAACGCAACUCUACCCGGGCCAGGGCACUGUGCAGGUCAUCCUGAUAAUGCUUGCCGGAAUCUGUGUCCCUAUUCUCUUGAUUGCGAAGCCGUACUAUGUCUGGCGUGAGAUGAAUCAGCACGAACAUGCCGGUUACACGGGCCUUGACAACGGAGACACUGGAUUGCUCGAUGAGGAAGAAGGGCUCAACGGCCACGAGAACGGCGGCGCCAUUGUGGACGAUGACGAAGGACACGAGACCCAUGACUUCAGCGAGGUCGUGAUCCACCAAGUUAUCCACACGAUCGAGUUCUGUCUCGGAUGUAUCUCUCACACGGCGUCCUAUCUCCGUCUGUGGGCUCUUUCGCUUGCCCACGCCCAGCUUUCGGAGGUGCUGUGGUCCAUGACGAUUGAAAACGCGCUGGACCCUCAGGGACUGAUUGGAUGGGCGAUGUUACUGAUCGUGGGCCUUCUGUGGUUCUCGCUGACGGUGGGAAUCCUCUGUCUCAUGGAGGGUCUUUCUGCGUUCUUGCACGCCUUGCGGCUCCACUGGGUCGAGGCCAACAGCAAGCAUUACGAAGGAACCGGUUAUGCCUUUGCCCCGUUGACUUUCGUUGAGAAAUAAUUAUGUAUUCGGAGAGUAACACCAUCCCCUACAUGCAAUAAUCAAACGGUGACAAGCACCCAUUUUGCCCGACGGCUUUACACAUGCAACUAUAUUUUACAACUGGCCAAACCGGCC